AGUGGAGAGCUUCAAAUGGACACUUUAUUCACUCUGGUGACAAAUGUUCCCACAGACUGUUAACAGUAUCAAUUAUGUAAUGUGUGUGCAGCAUUUUCAGGGUUGAUAUUCUCUCUGUGUGUGUGUGUGUGUGUGUGUGUGUGUGUGUUUAUCCUGGGGUGUUUGAGGCCAUUGUCUGAAGCCCUGACCAUAUGCUCCUAUUUCCAUCCAAAGCAAAUACAACCCCACUCUCUGCUCUAGUUGUUCCUCCCAGCAUCACCAGAGAUGCUUUUACUGGAUGCAUAAACAAGCUGCUGCCAUGCACGAGUGCAGCAGCCUUCCCGUGCAACACAAGCAGCUUGGGCUACUAAAGUGCAUCUUUUAAUGUUUUUCUUUUCUUCCAAAAAUCAUUUUAAGGUUAAUUAAAUCAAGGUCUAAAUAAAAUUUGCACGCUGAAUCACAAAGAAGCCGCUGGGCGACAGCAAACCAACACAAAGGGUGAAAGCUGCCAGAUUGCUGUCUCACUCUUAUUUUUCUAGGGAUGUGCAACAUUUGUGCACUUCAUGCAUGUUUUGCUGCACAUGCAUGAAGUGCAUGAAGCUCCUGCUGUGCAACUUGUUCUAAACUGCCCCACUUCCCUCAUGUAGCGGUUUGCCUGGCGAGCUGAUGCGGUGACUUCUGUGACACAACAGGAACUCAAGAUGUCUCAUUUUAGCUCCAGAUUUCAGUCUGCCAUCGUGUACGCGACAUCUUCUACCGCCAGUGAAAGUCCUCGGUCACGUUUGUUUUAAUCUUGAGAUUAAUUCUCAUGUGUCUAGAUGUAGAUGUAGAUCCGACAAAGAAUUUGUCAGCUAAUACUGGUAAUGAAGUGGGAUGAAAAGGAAGAGAAAAAGAGAACAAUUAUAGCAUCAGUAUCUCCACACUACAGGGUCUGUGUCCUCAGUCUGAGUCUGAUCUGCUCUCUAUUGCAGGAGAAAUGAGAAUUAGAAAUGAGAAGAGCUGAUCUCUGAUCUGGUUUUGUCUGGGAAAGUUCCAGUAUGGGAGCAGAAGUUGAGGUCUGAGUCGGGUUUGGAGGGCAAACGUGGCCACCCUGCCUCCCUCACACUACUCCACUGUGUUUCUUUUCCUCUUAAAUACCAACAGGUCAGUUCACCUGUGGGUCAGAACCCUGCUGGUUUCCAUGGACAAAUCGACCCGUUUGACAUCCCCACAGAGAGCUGUCGAUCGACUCUGAUGCCGAAGCGCCACACGCAGCUUUAGAGCAAGAAGGGGUCAGGGGUGAAAGGUUGCAGACUAUUGAGCCGGAGCAGGAGCUGGGUAUUGCGAGAUAUCUGAUUUUGGGACGAAAGAAACCAAGAUGAUGACCUCACACGGGAAGCUGAGGAAGGAGAAGGGAAGUCUGGCCGAGUAUGAAUCCCAGAUGAAAGACCUGCGGGUCCAGCUGACAGACCAGAUAAAGAUCCUGGACUCUCAGGUGGAGGUGAAACAGCAGCAGCUUUCAGAUCUGUCCGAGUUUCUGCGUCGCCGGGGCGACAUUGAGACUGAGUACGCGCGGGCUCUCGAGAAACUGACUGAAAGGUUCACUCACAAGACCAAAAAGAAGGAGCAGUGGGGACAGUCUGUGUGUCAGGUCUGGUCCGUUCUGCUGACUCAGACCCGUCUGGAGAGCCGGGAACACGCAGCGCUGGGGGACACCUGCUGCAACACGCUCACCCAGAGCCUGAUCCACUGUACGGAGGACACACACCGGCUGCACAAAAAGAGCAAAGACGUAGGAAUCCAGAUGCAGGAUGAGCUGCUGAAGGUCACCACUGAGCUGCAGACGGCUCUGAAGACGUAUAACCAGUACCACACGGACUGCCUGAUCGCUGAGGGGAAGCUGAAAGAGGCCGAGCGUCUGGAGGAGAGGCACACCGGCAAGUCGGCCGACCUCGGGCCGGGCCAGCUGGGAGGGCAGAGACGGAGCUCCGUCAAGAAGAUGGAGAGAUUAAUGGAGAAGAGGCAAGGGAGGGUGCAGGAGACCCAGCUGAAGUGCACCAAGGCUCGUAACGACUACCUGCUGAAUCUAGCGGGAGCAAACGCAGCCAUGAACAAAUAUUACCUGCAGGAUGUCAGCACUCUGAUCGAUUGCUGCGACCUUGGUUUCCAUCUUUCCCUGGAGAGAGUGAUGAAGUGUUACCUGGCCAGCAGGUGGCACAUUCAGAAGACAGAGGAGAUGGGGCUGAAGCAGCUGGAGGCGGCUGUGACUUCCCUGGACCAGGGUGGAGACAGGGAUGCAUUGCUACAGCAACACGACGCUGCCUUCUGCCUUCCCUUUAAAUUUAACUACCAUCCACAUGAAGGAGACCAGGUGUGCGAGGUGAGUGCGGAGAGCCAGGUGCGUUAUGAACUGGAGACGCGGUUCCAACAGCUUCAGUCUCGACUCGCUUCAGUGAUCUUGGAAACAGAAGAGAUCAGUAAAACCCUUAAAGCCACGCUCUCUGUCCUGUUGGAGUCUAUUUGCGAUAGCGACUGUAACCCCUCCCCCGACGUGACCAGCAGCCUGUCACAUGAGCCCCCUGGAGGAGGCUCCGCCCCAAAACACACACUUGCCAAGCGUCGAGCCAAUCAGCAGGAGACGGAGACCUACUACUUUACUAAAGUGAAGGAGUUCCUCAUCAGCAGCUCCCUGUCCUCUAAGCUUCAAGCCAAACAUGAUAUUCUACAUGAGGCCAUACAGAAAGCCGAGGCCGUGGACAGCGACCCUUCCAGAACACAAUGCGCUCGCUCAGUGCGCGUUCGGAAGUCCAGACCCGUUUCCCAAUUCUGCCACACACUCUUCACCUCAGACAUACUCUCCUACAUACAGAGCUCCGGACAGCAGAUUCCCGUGGUGGUGGAAAGCUGCAUUCGUUUCAUAAACCUCCACGGCCUACAUCAUGAAGGCAUCUUCAGAGUUCCUGGCUCGCAGAGGGAGGUUAACCUCAUCAGAGAUGCAUUUGAGAGAGGAGAGGAUCCUCUAUCAGACAGCGAGUGUGACCUGGACUCCGUGGCCGGCGUGUUGAAGCUGUACUUCAGGGGGCUUGAGCCUCCUCUAUUCCCCUACGAAAGCUACUCUCAGCUGCUGGAGUGUGUCCAAAUCGAGGAGGAGUCGGAGAAAGCCGCCCAGAUUAGAUCCAUCUUUUCCACCUUCCCACGGCCUCUCCUCAUUGUGAUGCGUUAUCUUUUCGCUUUUCUCAACCAUGUGUCUCAGUACAGCGACGAGAACAUGAUGCAACCCUACAACUUAGCUGUUUGCUUCGGACCAAGCCUCCUGAGAGGGAUUGACUCUGACGAUGCUGUUGCUAGGCAGCCACAGGUUAACGACCUCGUUAAAACCAUGAUCCUUCAGCACGACAUCAUUUUCCCGAGCCAAUCGGAGCUGCCGGGCCCCAUCUACGAGAAACACAUGACUCUGGAGCAGGAGUACUGUGAACCGAUUACAGAGGAGGGUGACGGAGAGACCGAGCAGCUGCCCAGCGAAGAUGAGUGGGAGGCAAUCGCUAUGUUCGACUAUGUGGCCAGAUCUCCAGCUGAGCUCUCCUUCAAGCAAGGAGAUCCACUCAUCCUCCACAGCAAGGCCUCCCCAGACUGGUGGAGAGGUGAAGUUGGAGGGGUCAAAGGUCUGAUCCCGCACAAGUACAUCAGCGUCCUGGAAGGGUCAGAACGGGGAAAAAGAGAUGAAGGCAGAGUAGGAGGAGGCAGCACUGGAAACCUAACGGCAGAGGAUGCAAACAUGGAGAACACAACAAGGAUGCGGGUAAACAGCGAUGGUGCUUCGUUGCCAGGGAGACAGAGAGGAAGUGAAGGGAGCCCAGGUCGGAAGCCGCAAACUUCCCCAGCCACGAGACAGCUACCAGUGUCUCAUGAGCGAAGACACACUUUGGACACAGUGAGACAGGGCAGCUGCAGACUCACAGACAGACCUUCUUUCGGUCAGGCAGAAAGAGCGCCCGUCGACAAAGAGAUGAUCAACCGUCAGAUGAACUCGGUGUUCAAGGAGCUCCUCUCCCGCCAGCCCCCGGUGCAUUCGGCCGCCGCCGUCGCCCCGUCUUCUUCCUCCUUGUCUUCCUCUCUUACUCAAAUUGCCCCUUCUGCCAAAAAAGGAGGAUUUGUUUUAAGAAAGGCAAGCGCUUUUCAGUCUGGUGGACUGAGAUGAAGAAAGGACAGGGGUGGAAUUGUGGAGUUGGUGAUUACACUGAUGCCCAUCAGGCAUUUGGAGGAGAUCCGGAUUCUCUUCUCUUCUUAUUUUGGACACGUGUAUGAUAUAGUUUUGUCUGACAUCUCAUAGUGCCACUAGUCUCGGUGCGUGUAGCUGUGUGUCGAGUGCAUCUGUUUCCCAGCUGGUUUUAUGUACGUUUGUUUUUACUCUCCUGGUUUUAGCAACUUCUGGAGAGUCGGGGAUGUGGCUUCACCAGUUUUUAUUGUGCAUCAACGAGAAAAAUCCUUCAUCUGCCCCCUAGUGGCAGGUCUGAGAUCAGCUCCUAUGCCUAGGAGUGCCUUCACUUUUUCAUUUAGAGAUUUACUUACUUGAAAAUCAUGGUCAUGCUUAAACUUUGAAUAUUUAAAUAAAACGUGUGAGCCAGGAACUUAACAUUGGACCCAAAAGUGUUCUGAAUUAUCUGAAGAAACCAUAAUUUAUCAAACAACAACCGACACCAAACCAAAGCGCAGUUUCAUCAGCCUGCUUGUGGUAACAUUGCAUACUAUUUUUGUGUGCGUUUUUGUAAAAAGUUCAUUAUUUAUCAGCUUCUGCCUGUAGAAAUUUGAUCUCAAGAGACUCUCCAUGUCAUAGUUUAAUUUCAAUCAUGUUUGUAGAGUUCUUCCUGAACGUGCAAGGUCUUUUUCGUGCACAUAAGCAAAAUAACUGUGAAAAGGAACAAAAUAUGGAGAAUACGAUUAACAUUUUACACACUGGAAAUGACUAAACUUGUGUUCUGGGUUGCUUUUAAGGUUUGUGUUCAUAAUGUUGGUUCCAUGCCAACUUUAGUGAACUUUACAAAAGAUGCAAAGAAUAGUGAAGAAGAAAAUUCUUCACAUGCAAACAAUUUCUGCUAAAACACACAAGUUUAGCCUCCAGCUAGCUUCCCAUUCUGCUGUAAGCUCAUGAAAAGAAACACGUUAUGUUGGUUUUACAACCUCUCAAGCAGAAACCGUCUAAAGCCGCUUGUCAUGGGUCAAAUGUUCGGUUUGCAUGCUGCUAUCAGAAGUACGAGUGCUGUUUGAAGGUUUGGACGGUUUCCUUUCUUCUUCCUUUCACCUUGGCCUUGUGUAGGUUAGCUAGAAUAAGAUGUUGAAAAUCAAAGCCAAUAAUCACCUCGAUGCUGCCAAUAAACGCCAAAUUCAGGUGUUGCUGGUUUACUCAAACGUUAGCUCCUGACUGAUAAUGAAAUGAUUCUGUUUGUAUUCACUGUAAUUUGAACACUUUGAGGGUCCAUCUAUGUUAGCUGGAAUACUGGAAACACCCCCUUCCCUUUAUAUGUGAUAAAUGGUCUGAGGUGCAGGCCAGAUCUCAGGGCUUUUGCAGAGUUAAAGGUGGGCAAACGCAGGUUUGGCUUUGGAAGAAUAUGUCAAGAGUUUCUUACUCAGGUCUUUGGCGGAAUAAACGUGACUUUCACUUGAACUUGGAAAAUUUUAUUUGAUUUGCCGUCUCACCAGGUUAAUGCCAGUUGUGUCAAACAAGAGGUUUGGAUCAGUCAAAAUCCCAGAUGGGAGCGCCGCAGGGGCGGAUCUAGAAUAUUUUACAUGGGGGGUCUAGGCAGGGUGGCCAUGCUGAACCACCUCAUAGAAGCUUAACAGAUUUAUUAACUUAUUCUCAUUUAUGUGUUGCCUAUUUCUGAACAGAACAACAACAACAAAAAUCAUAGAGUCUUUGUCAAAUUUUUAAAGAGCAAAUCGCCCCCAUCAGAGUCUUACUCCACUCCUAUUUCUUGUUUGAAAAAUGCAACAAAUGUUGUUUCCCGGCAGACGGGUGAAGUCGCUAACAAAUACACACACAUGGACUCACAAUGACAUUGUGACAUCAUAAUGUACUAGCUAACGUCAUAGUGUACCUCUUAGCCAAUAGCAACGGCAGAUUUAAAUUCAAAUGUGAUACAGAGUUUUUACCUGAAGGCAGCACAACACUUACAGUUUCAGGCAGAAUAUUUAAAUUUUAACUAAGAUGCACUAAAGGGACUAAUUAUUGACUACACAUGUCGACAGCAUGGUUAGACACUCAUUUAUAUAGUUUAUUAGCAAAGAAAAGUUGAUUUCGGGGUGACUUGCUCUUUACCGAUCAGAAAACGGCUGGCGGCGAAUGAGUUAAAGGCCUUCUCUGCCAGCGGUUCUCACCAUUUUUACUGUUUUUUAAGAGUUACAGAAUCUUGCGUGCUAGGAUGAUGUCAAUGCCAAAACAACCAAAACAAAGCGGAGACUCAUCUCUUACAUCAGGAAGAAUCUGCGUGUUUCGAGCUUUAUCCGUUCUUUCAUAAACCGUUGAUAAAUUGUGAUCAACAGAAGCUUUUCCGGUUCGCGCCUCACUUUUUUUUAAAGCAGCGGCCCAAAACCAUCGCCUAACACAUGGAUGUUCUGCUUCCUGAUCACAUGACGAAGAUUGGCUUUGGAGCUGAGAUGUUUGUUCUCACGGUGUGGGGGCUCGUUCCGAUGUCCACACAGUAAAAAAAAUGCAAAUGACGACUUUAGUCGUCAUUGGCAGUGAAUGAGUUAAAUAAAAAAUUUUGCUUUGGCCAGCAAGGACUUUUAACUUGAUGAUCUUGGCCCUCGUUUUGAAAAGUUUGGACACCCAUGCUCCAUAUGUAAACGGAAAUUAAUAAAAAAAGUGGAUGGGUGUAUAUUAAGAACAUAAAUACUGGUGGUGGUGGUGGUGGGGGGGGGGGGGGGUCAAGGCUGAUAGUUAGGUAGGCAGUUGCCCCCUUCUAGAUCCACCCCUGGAGCUCCACGCAAGAAUUAUUGAACCACGACUAAUGUACAGUUCCAUUUCUUUCAGAUUUGUUUUACACAUUUUGCUACAAUGGUCAACUCAGAGGCCAUUCCCAACUUCCAAGCCCAACAGAAUUCACCAGGACGCUCCAGCUAGAAACUGUGCCCCAAGCCUCGAGAGCCAAACUGGUCCCCAUAUCGGAGAUUUCCUCUGGUUGAAACUGUGAAACCUGCAGCGUCUUUUUAGAGCCAUGGUUGAAACUCUAGUCUCUUUCUCCCUUUCGUUUUGGCCCCUUUGUUAUUUAAGGUCCAUCGGUCCUUCUGGAAUUUUGCAGUUGGAUUCCAAAAGCAUCAAAAUCAUUUUUCUACAUCUGUAAUUUCCCCAGGUCACGUGAAAACUAGGACAAGUCUAUGUUUUUACAUGGUUCUGCUUAAACACCUUGGUAUUUUGGAUCACUGUUACAAAUGAUGAUGUUACAAAGUUCAGUGUGUUCAACUGUUUAUGUGGGUCAAAGAAUAAAUAAGGAGACAAUAAAGAUGGCAAAGCAGUCA